UCAUCUCCAUGGGAAUCUUAAAAAACUCCCUGAUGACUCCAUGCGAAAGAAAAUAUAAUUAUAGAUUUAUAUUUAAUUCUAUUAUUUGAUAAGUAAAAGUCUAAACUAACAAUAAUGCAUGAUGCAACCCAGAUUAAUUCGCAGGGUAUGAGGUCCAGCAAAUCAGCAGCAAUUGUAGCAAUUAAUGAAUUUUAAUGAUAAGUUUCACUUUGAAGUACUCUUUCUCCCUCAGUGAUCUCCUACCAAAGUCUUUUGCAAAUAUUUCCCAGCUUUCCUUUCUUUUUGACUUGGUAGAAAAGUAUGGCUGAUGCUGUAAUAUCUUUUGCAAUUGAAAAGCUUGGUGAUUUUCUUGUGCACCAGGUUAACAUACGAAUAGGAGUUAGAGAUGAUAUAAGAUGGCUCAAAGAAGAAUUGGGCCUCCUCCAGGCUACCGUAGAACUUGCAGAAUCAAGGCAAGAAGAGAAACUCAUCCGUCUAUGGCUAAACAAUGUCAGAGACGUUGCCAAUGAAGCUGUGGAUAUCCUGAAGACGUUUCAGGAUGGACAAGCCAGUCUGGAACAAGGUCAUAUGGACAGAUUUCUCAACUGUAUCUGCAUCUGCAAGAAAGAAGCUCAGCUUUACGACAUUGGCAAUGAUAUCGAGUCACUCAAGAAAAGGAUCGGUGUGAUCAAGGAGAGGCGCCUUGAGUAUGGGAUCAACACUAUUUUAGCCGGUCCAGACCUGAAACAGAAAGAGAGAACCUUCAUAAGAGCAAGCGCCAUUGAUACCCAUGUGGAUGUGGUUGGUUUCAAGGACGAUAUUCAGAAUUUGAUGAAAGAACUUAAUAGCAAGGAUCCUCCCCUUAAAAUCAUUUCUAUUCACGGAAUGGGGGGAUUAGGCAAGACUUCACUUGCCCUCAAGUUGUACAACUCUAACGAGUUGAGACAUUUUGGCACCCGUGCUAAAGUUUGCGUCUCCAACGAAUAUACCAUCAAAGAUGUCCUUAAGAGGAUAAUAAAGUCUUUCAAGGGACCUCAGCACGAAGAAUAUAUGUCAAACAUGGAUGAGCAUGACUUGCGGCAAUACCUACAACAGUUACUCGAGAAUCAAGGUUGCUAUUUGGUACUUAUUGAUGAUAUAUGGGAUAUAAAAGCUUGGAACCAGAUCAAGAUCGCAUUUCCAAACCAGGACAACGGUAGUAGGAUCAUGAUAACUACCAGAAACAAGAAAGUCGCAGAGACUGUGGAUAAGAAUUGUUUAGCCUAUCAACUUCGUUUGUUGAGGGAAGAGGAAAGCUGGGAAUUAUUCUGCAAGACAGCAGAACCAACCCACAAUCUGGAGAAGUUGGGAAGGGAGAUGGUUGGUAAAUGUGGAGGUUUACCACUUGCAAUUGUGAUACUGGGCGGCCUUUUAUUGCACAACAAGAGCAAAGACUAUUGGUUAAAGGUGAAGGAGCAUAUCUGGAGAAACUUGAGGGAUGACUCGGUGGAUAUUGUAGAAAUACUCAGCUUGAGUUAUAAAGACUUGUCUCACCAAAUGAGAGAUUGUUUUCUGUACCUUGCACGAUUCCCAGAAGACGAAAUUAUUGAUGUCGAACGUUUGAAGCAUUUAUGGAUUGCAGAGGAAUUCAUAUCAGAAGAUGAAGAAGGAGAUGGAGUACUCAUGGAGGAUUUGGCCGAGGAUUGUCUGAACGAGCUGAUUAAUCGCAACUUAAUUCAGAUUAAUUAUUCGCAAUUGAAUGGGAAAGUUUUGGCAUGCCAGGUCCAUGAUCUUGUCCGUGAACUUGCCAUAAGAAAAGCAAAGGAGCAGAAGAAUUUGGUUAUUUCAGAUUCAAGUAAACACCAACCAAAUCUCACCCAUUUAUUGGAAGGACAACGGCGUCAUGCUAUCUACGAUGAAAUUGAACUAUCAGAAUUCUGUUUUCUUCCGGAUUCAGUCGAGGAUUUAGCUCUAUCUGAGAGUGGGUUCACUGAAGAUCCAAUGCCCAGCCUGGGAAAUUUACGGAAUCUUACGACUCUUGAUUUGCAUCAAGUGUACGGAGGGGAUAUAAUGGUUUGCAGUAAAAAUUCGUUUCCAAGUCUUCAAGUCUUAAGACUACAAAAAUUCACUAAUCUGAAAGAAUUGCAAGUCGAGGAUGGAGCACUCCCAUGCCUCAAAAGUUUCAGAAUAAAGAAGUGUGAAGAGCUGAAGAACAUUCCCGUCCAACUAGAACGUAUCUUGAUCCAAACCAACUAGAAGUCUUGGAAACAACCUGGAAGAUUCUCGGCACUCGUGCAUCACAUCAUAUUAUCAUAAAAUUUGUAAUUUGUUUCUGUUCAAUUUGAAUGUAUUUUGUUUUUGUUUAAUUUGAAGAAUUUUAAUUCUAUUUUAUGAUGAGUAAUGUUUCCUUUCUACAAUAAAUCCGUUUCUCCACUUA